AUGAAGUCUGAAGAGACAAAGAAGAAGAAGGUCUCAUUUCAGCAAUGUCCAAUAGGGGACCAUGUUUUUGCAACUAUAUCAGUAGACUUUCAAUCGUGGGGGAAUAUGAAUCGAGGUGAGUACAUAAAAAUACUAGGCAAGAGGAUGGACGAGCUAUGUGGAUACCGGUAUCUAUUCCAGUCGACACACAAGAUCUUUUCCGAGUCAGUUGUGUACCUAGCUGACGGCUUUCAUGACGUGGUAUUCCCUGAGAGGCAUGGAAAAUGCUCACUUUACAGAGAGACGUCUGAGAUGGAUUAUGGGGAACACUGUCACAUCGGGCAGCGAGGAGGAUUAGAAGGCUUGGCCCAAUAUCAAUGGACGAUAUUCUCUACAAUCAUAUUUGACAUGGUACUGUCCAGGUAUGGAUACAAAAUCCCAAAUACUUGGACAAGGGAACAAUGUCUUAAUCCAGAUUUUCCAGCUGAAGAAAUGGUGGAUGGAAAACUGACUGAUGGGUCUCGCCUCGCGAUAGAGAGAAAGGUAAGAGGUAUCUUACAGGACCUGAGGAGCACAUUUAUGGGAUUUGGACACAACCUGAAGCUAGAGGAAACAUGGAUAUCUGAUUCUGUGUGUACGUACGGUAAGGAUAUCAUGGUUGAGGGGGUCUUGGUUCCCUUCAGUAUGAAGAAAGCCGCGAAGAGCAACCCGUCGUGCAAUGAGAUGUUUCACACCAUAGACAACUUGGUUGCAGCUGUAUCAUCAAGCGUCUCAGGGGCAUGUUACUAUUCAUCAUCAGUUGUGCCUGCCGCUAUAGUCUCACUGGUGUAA